AUGAGCUACGCCUAUCCACGCAGCGCGGGCGCCUCAUUUCUUCCUUCGUUUAGUGCGGUCCCCGGGUCAAAAGCACCGGGUUUAAUUGGGCAGACCUUGGAGAGGUUGCCGGCGACAGCGCAACAAUGGUUUGCGGAGGGAGCUGCGGGCUUCCGUGGGAGCUCGAGGGGGAGGAGUGAUUCCCAUGGGAUCAUGGCGCUAGUAUUGAGGCGCUUGUUGACAGUUGCGAAUGCGAUUAUCUUCAUGUGGAUGUUUACGCUAUGGUGGGGCGAGCGGACGGUUUUCCAGGAAGCUAUAGACCGCUGUGUUUGGGAGAGCUGGGAGAAAUGGCCCCCAGGUGCUACGCCGCAUCACGUUGCCUUCAUCGCCGACCCCCAGCUCGUUGAUCCCCAUACUUACCCCGGACGUCCAUGGCCUCUCUCGACUCUGACGGUUAAAUACACUGACCAGUAUAUGCGCCGGUCCUUCGCAUCUAUAAAGAACGACUUGGAGCCUGAUUCGGUUCUUUUCCUUGGUGACCUGUUUGAUGGCGGGCGAGAGUGGGCAACCAGCAAGAGUACCAGUCCCGAAGUUCGCUAUAAGAAAAUCACCGAUUCAUUCUGGAAGAAGGAAUACGGCCGCUUUAUGAGGAUCUUCUUGAACCCCUGGCUCGAGCAAGAUUCUCCCCCGGUGGAUGGCCGGGGACGUCGGCUUAUCGCCAGUCUGCCCGGGAACCAUGAUCUCGGUUUCGGCAAUGGAAUCCAAGAACCAGUGCGUCGGCGGUUCCAAAGCUACUUCGGCAAUGGCAACCGGGUCGAUGUGAUUGGAAACCAUACGUUUGUCUCCGUUGAUACUGUUUCGCUGAGUGCGAUGGAUCAGCCUGACCCUCUGACGGGCAGCUCCCGCCUCAGCGAGGAGGAAGGAACAUGGCCUCGGCCAAUCUGGAAAGAUGCGGAUGAAUUCCUCGACGCAAUGGCCACCCACAAAGCUACCGCCGAGACGGAGGAACUCCGGGUGCUCCAAAACAAGUCUGAAGACGUCCUGUUCAAGCACCACAUUGUGGAAGCUGGUGAUGAUUCCGUGGACCAGCUCCCGCAGCCCAAGCCCGCAGGGUUCCCUACCAUUAUUCUCACGCAUGUCCCGCUCUACCGCAAGCCAGCCACCCCCUGUGGCCCGCUUCGCGAGCGUCUACCGCCAUCGGCCCCCGGCUUGGAGGAAGAUGAGCCCAACUCGCUCCGAAUCGCCGGUGGCUAUCAGUACCAAAACGUACUGACUCAGACCAUCUCCACUGAAUUGGUAUCCAAGGCAGGACCCAACGUCGUGCAGGUCUACUCUGGCGACGACCACGACUACUGCGAAUUGACGCACCGCGAGUUCAACGGCUCGCCCAACGAGAUCACCGUCAAAAGCUUGUCUUGGGCAAUGGGUGUCAGGCAUCCCGGCUUCUUGCUCACAAGUCUCUGGAACCCAAUCGACCCGGUGACAGGCGAGUCCACCCAAAAAGGAUCCUCGCCCACCAUCCAAAACCAUCUCUGUCUGCUCCCCGAUCAGCUGGGGAUUUUCAUCCACUACGCGUGCCUCUUCGGCCUCAGCAUUGGCCUUCUCUUCCUCCAGGCCAUCUACUCCGUCUUCUUCUCCCCCGAGUCGCCGACCCCAGCCAGCGGCUCGGUCCUGCCUCUCUCCGAGAGACGCACAUCUCACCCUAACCAACAGUACCAGACAUCCGGUACGUCCAGCUCCACAUUCCCGUCUGGGGGUCUGAUCGGGCGGGCGGGAGUCAUACCCUUCCCGCGCUACCCCGGCUCUAAGACUUCCGGCGAUACUUAUCGGGGUCUAGAUGGCGAUGCUGCCGCGAGCACCAUAAAGGCUAAGGGUUUGUACCGACCGGCCGUGGCGGCAAAGGGCGUGUGCUCGAAAGCCGUGCUUGUCGGCCGCGAGUUCGCGCGGUCGGUCCGCUCCGUUUUGCUGGUUGUCCUGGCUGUGUACUUCGUUUUGAUCUGGCGCUGGUAG